AUGAUCAAUAUUAUUCUGCUCGGGCUUGCCGCCUGUUCGAGCCUCACAUACGCGGCUCCUGUAUCGCCAGACCCUGCCGAUGUCGCGAGUUUUCUCACUCGCAGGGCCGCAGUUGAUGCUUGCCCUGGCUACACCGCCUCAAACGUAGUCGAGAACGGGGACACUUUGACUGCCGACCUUACCCUUUCUGGAGAUGCGUGCAACGCAUACAGCGAUGACAUCAAGGACUUGAAGUUGCUAGUUGAGUACCAAACUAACGACCGUCUACAUGUCAAGAUCUACGAUGCCGCUGAGCAAGUCUACCAAGUAUCUGAAGAGGUGUUCCCACGCCCCAAACACGAGAGGCCCGGCGGUGCAAACCUGGCGCUUAAAUUUGGUCUCAAGGAAAGUCCAUUCUCUUUCGAUGUGACGCGCAGGGACAACGGCGAGGUUUUGUUCGACAUUGGCACUGUGCCACUGGUUUUCGAGAAGCAGUAUGUCCGCCUUCGCACUAAGCUGCCCGAUAACCCCAACCUCUACGGCCUUGGUGAGCACAGCGACGCGUUCCGCUUCAAUGCGGAGAACUACGAGCGUGUCUUGCUGAACGCGGAGUCUCCCCAGAUUCCCAGGAAUGCCAACCUGUACGGAACCCACCCUGUCUACUUCGACCACCGUGGCGACAAGGGCACCCAUGGUGUCUUCAUGCUCAACUCCAGCCCAAUGCAAGUCGAAAUGAAGAAGGCCGAUGACGGCCAGUACCUUGAGUACAACACCAUCGGUGGUGUCAUCGAUUUGUACUUCAUGGCCGGUAGCAAGCCAGCCGAGGUUUCGAAGCAGUAUGCUGAUAUAGCGGGCUACUCCGCCAUGUACCCAUACUGGACCUUUGGAUUCCACCAAUGCAAGUACGGCUACUGGGACGUCAACAUGGUCGCUGAAGUCGUCGGCAACUACUCGACUGCUGGAAUUCCCCUUGAGGUCAUGUGGACCGAUAUCGACUACAUGUAUCUUCGCGAGGACUUCACGGUUGACCCCGAGCGCUUCCCCCUCUCCAAGAUGCGUGAGCUUGUGCAAACACUCCACUCGCGCGAUCAGCGAUACAUUCUAAUUCUCGACCCGGGCGUUCACGCCGUCGGCGGUCAGUACCUCAGCUACAAGAAGGGACACGACAUGGACGUCUUCUUGAAGGCCGCCGAUGGCUCCGACAUGCUCGGAAUUCAGUGGCCCGGUGAAGUCGCAUGGCCUGACUGGUUCCACCCCAACACGGAGAAGUGGUGGACUGAGGAAAUGAACAUUCAGUUCAACCCCGAGUCAGGUAUCGAUAUCGAUGGUAUCUGGGUCGACAUGAACGAGGCCUCCAACUUCUGUCACGAUGUCACAACCUGCAACCCUCGCCAGCAAACCAUCGACGACAACAUUCCUCCUCACCCUGCCAAUGCGCCACGACCCAACACCGGCCGCCCAAUUCCUGGCUUCCCAGAGUCUUUCCAGCCGGGUUACAGUAACAAGGCCCGUGAUGUAGAGCCCAACUCUGCACCACGCCCAGAUUCUGUUGAAGCUCGCGGUUUCCAGUCUCUACCUGCUCGCCAGAUCUACGAUAGCCCGAGUAGUAUGAAGGGUUUCCCCGACCGCGAAUGGUUCAAGCCCGCGUAUCAGAUCAACAGCCAUCUAGGUGAUAUUUCGCGCCAAACCAUCCCCAUGAACACAACCAACUAUGACGGAAGCUGGCAGUACGACACGCACAACCUCUACGGCAACAUGAUGGCAUCCACGACCCGCGAGUCCAUGCUCGCCCGCCGUCCAGCCCUUCGUCCCUUCGUGCUCACCCGCUCCACCUUCGCGGGUACCGGCCGCAAGGUAGCCCACUGGUUCGGCGACAACUUCUCCGCCUGGGACGACUACCGCAUCUCGAUCCGCCAAAUGCUAUCCUUCGUCUCCAUGCACCAAAUGCCCAUGGUCGGCUCCGACGUAUGCGGCUUCAACGGCAACGCAGACCAAUACAUGUGCGCCCGCUGGGCCACUCUCGGCGCCUUCCAGCCCUUCUACCGCAACCACGCGGAAAUCAGCGCCAUCCACCAAGAAUUCUACCUUUGGGACGUUGUCGCCGAUGCCGCGAAGCGGGCCAUCGACACGCGUUACAAGCUGCUCGAUUACAUCUACACGGGCCUGUACUACCAAACCAAAGAAGGCACGCCCAUGAUCAACCCCCUCUUCUUCCUCUACCCCGAAGACGCAAACACCUUUGGCAUCGACCUGCAAUGGUUCUACGGCGACGCCCUGCUCAUCUCGCCCGUUGUAACAGAUUACUCCGACACGGUCACUUUCUACCUGCCGCAAGACACCUUCUACGACUACUGGACCUACGCCAAGGUCGAAGGCGAGGGCAAGAACGUAACGGUUAGCAACCUAGGCUACAGCGACAUCCCCGUGCAUAUCCGCGGUGGCUCCAUCGUGCCCCAGCGUGUCAACAGCGCGAAUACCACAAAGGCGCUGCGCAAAGAAGACUUCUUGAUCAUCGUUGCGCCGGAUGCGGAUGGCAAGGCGACGGGACGGCUGUACCUUGAUGACGGCGAGAGUCUGAAUCAGCCUGCUAUGAGCGAAAUCUCCUUUUCGUACGACGGCGCCAAGUUCAGCGCUACGGGCUCUUUUAGCUACGCUGGCGCGAAUGAGGAGAGCAUUACUGUUGCCAAGGUCGUUGUGCUGGGCCAGGGUAAGGCUGGUGCGACUGGCAACUUUGACAGUGAGAAGGGUGCCGUUACGGUUGAUGGCCCGUGGAAGAUGGAUGGCGAGUUCUCGUUCGAGUUGUAA